AACACCAGAAAUUACAACUACUCACUGCGUAUCUAUUGGUUGGGUGCAUUUCGACUGUGCAUAUGGACGAUUACGAAAGUCGACGGCAUCGACGCCGAUCCGAGUCUCACUCGAAACAUCCUCAACACCACAGUCUAUAUGCCGCUAGAUCUGAAACCCGUUCACGCUCACGCUCACCUCUGUCCUCCGGGCAUCGGCACCAUGAAAGCCGUAAAUAUAGACAUGGCGACUUAAGGGAAUCGAAUCAUCGUUCGGAUUCACCAAGGGUCAGACGGCAUGGUAGAGAGCGAUCCGCGGGACGGGAAGAGAGAAGACAUAGGAGGAAGGAAAAGGAAAGAAAACACUUGGGCGUCGCACCGGUAGCUGCUCUACCUUUUGAAUCCCGACCGUUACACAAAUCGGACUUUAAAGAAUAUAAACCACUUUUUGCGCUCUACUUGGAUAUUCAGAAGCAGUUGUUUCUGGAUGAUUUAGCAGAAGACGAGGUAAAGGGCCGGUGGAAGAGCUUCGUGGGACGAUGGAACCGCGGAGAACUAGCGGAGGGUUGGUAUGAUCCGGCAAUGAAGAAAAAGGCAUCGCAGCAGUCAUAUACAGAAGAUGUUUCUGGCGCGCAAGAGUAUUCCCGCGCAGCCAGGUCUAGGUAUUCGCCGACGCGAGAUCAUCACGACGAUUCACGCCAAGCCGGUGAUGAAAGCGACGAGGACGAAGUUGGGCCUGACUUGCCAUCACAACAGUACGGCACUGGUAGUGGUAGACGGCCAGGGCCAGCAAUACCAAAAAUGCAGGAUCUCGAAUUGCAGCGAGAAUUGAUCCAAGAAGAUGAAGAAGCUCGCCGGGAAGAUAUGCGCCAUGCGCGGAAGAUGGACAGAAAGCAGCAAAAGGAACACUUAGAGGACUUGGUACCUCGCGCGGAGCCUGGGACACGAGAACGGCAACUGGAGAAGAAAAAGGAGCUCAAUGAAAAGAUGAAGGCAUAUCGCGACAAAUCGCCCGUUGAAGAGGUCAACGAGCGUGAUCUCAUGGGCGACGAUAGCCUUGAAGCAUAUAGGGCACAGAAAAAAGAGGUGGAGAAGAAAAAGAAUGAGCGCGAGCUGCGACGUGAGGAAAUGCUGCGGGCCCGGGCAGAGGAACGCGAGGAACGACUCCAAGAACAUCGGGCAAAAGAAGAUAAGACGAUGGCGAUGCUGAAGGCGCUGGCGAAACAAAAUUUUGGGUAACCGUACUUGAGAUGAGAAUAGGUAUGAUUACAUCUGCAUGAGCUCUCUCUAGUGAUAUGGUUAUCAGACCUCACUGGCUGGCUCGCCCAUAAUCGAAAACAUGAUACUUUAAAGCUCAUAUACUACCCCUCAUCAUCAAGGUGGCACGAUUUUCAUCCCCUGUCAACAAAUUGAAUUUGAGAGCUCCCGUGGAUCACUCUGCGCAAAACUACCGGGGAAUAUACUAAUCCCAAUCAAGCCGUCCGGAGAAAGUAAGGCCAUAAAUUUCAAAAAGCAAUCAAAAAGCAAAUUAAUACC